CGCUGAUCAGAGCUAUGCAGUGCAAAGGAACAGGAUUUGAGACAGCCCAGGGUUUCCUUUUCUAGUAGGUUUAAAAUAUUUUUUUUUCUCACUAACUUCCUUCCUGUUCUAACUGCCAGUACUCAGAAGUCACAGUUGAGAGAAGACAGAGGCACCCCGGACAGACUGAACUACUGAAUAGAUCAAAAUGACUGAAGAGACCCCAGAACCACACCUGGAGGAGGGUGACGAUGAACUGGACAGCAAGCUCAAUUACAAGCCUCCACCUCAGAAGUCACUGAAAGAGCUGCAGGAGAUGGACAAAGAUGAUGAAAGUCUAGCUAAGUACAAGAAAACGCUCCUGGGGGAUGGCCCUGUGGUAGCAGACCCAACAGCUCCUAAUGUCACUGUCACCCGCCUUACCCUGGUUUGUGAGAGUGCACCGGGACCAAUCACCAUGGACCUUACUGGGGAUCUUGAAGCUUUCAAAAAAGAAACUUUUGUGCUCAAAGAAGGUGUUGAAUAUAGAGUCAAAAUUCAUUUCAAAGUGAAUAAGGACAUUGUGUCAGGCCUGAAAUAUGUUCAGCACACCUACCGGACUGGGAUGAAAGUGGAUAAAGCGGUAUAUAUGGUUGGCAGCUAUGGACCUCGACUAGAAGAAUAUGAGUUCCUGACUCCUAUGGAGGAGGCUCCUAAGGGCAUGCUGGCCAGAGGCACUUACCACAACAAGUCCUUCUUCACUGAUGAUGACAAGCAUGACCACCUUACCUGGGAGUGGAACCUGUCCAUUAAGAAAGAGUGGACAGAAUAAGUGCUUUUGCCAUCCCUGUCCCUGCCCUUGCCACCUAGAAGAACCCUCUCAGUUAUGUCUUGGUCAUUGCCCUGUCCCUCCUCCCUGUUCACAGCUGUUUCCUUUCCCUCGAGCUCCCUGUGUUUUCUUGUUGAUGUGUCUUAUCACAUGUUGUCUCUCAAAAUAGUGCUAGCACAAGAUGCUUAAAAUCCAGGUCUUAAUACUACCCACUCCUUCUAACCACCCAUCAUGGCCACAUUUUCAAAGUUCUCUCUCUUGGAAUACAGUCAUUUAAUAUUUUGCUCUUAUGCCCAUGGAGCAAUUCUGAUAAGGCCAAGAUGUGGACCAAUCACCACUAAGUUCUUUCAUCCUGGUUUCCCAUAGCUCAUUCCUAUCCCUGGAAUCUUCUGUGUUUGCUGCUGACUCAAUAAAGGCCCCUAAUCACAUUCUCUGCAAGAAAGUUCUUCUUUUCUGGGAGACACUGCAAGCCACACAAAAGAAAUGGAAUAAAAUGGUUGUAUGGUC